CUUCCUCCUCCUCUUCCUCCUCUUCUUCCUCGACUCCCUCCAUUCCUCCUCGGAUCGCGCGGGGAGCAGGACCGGCGCCGGGCUCGCUCCUUGGCUGCGCCUUGUGUGUGUGUACGCGUGUGUGUUUGUGGGGAGGGUCUCCUUCGUCUUCCAUCCAUCUCCCCCCUUCUCCUUCUCCGUCUCCGUUUCGUGGCCUUUCCCCCUAAAAGAAAAGGAGUGGAGAAGAAUCGCGAGAGGGCGGAGGAGAAAGGAAGCCAGGAGCAGAAGCAGGAUCCAAGAUCGGAACCCGGAGCCGGUUCAGUGGGGAGGGGACACUGACCCACACACUCUCCCCCACCAAGGCGAAGGGAGCCGGCAAUUGACGCAGUGGCGGCCGAAGGAUUUGACGGAGAGAGAGAGAGAGAGAAAGAGGAGGAGGAAGAGGAAGAGGAGGAGGAGGAAGAAGACGAAGGCUCGCCCGCCCGCCUCCCGCGAGAGGAGGAGGAGGAGGAGAAGAAGAGAGGGAGCGCGCCAGGCAGCCAGAAGGAGGAGAGAGAAGAAGAGCAGGAGCCGGUUCUCUCCUUCGUGGAGGCAGGGGCUCCAUCUUUGACCGGUUCCUGAAAUGCAUUUUUGACCGCAGGAUGUCCAAACAUUAUUGUGAGUCUUCAACAGGUUCCAUGACAUUCUUUGACACACGGAGAAGGAUGGAGCACCAGUUCAGAGGCCGGCUUUGGUGAGCAUCACUUCAAGACCUUUAAACCGUGACUCCAUCGGCAGCAUCACACAGACAAAGAAGAGGCAAAACUCAUGACUUCCGCCAAGGACCGGCCCCUCAGCGGCUGUUUUUGGACAUCAGGAAGCAACGUCAGGACAACAUUGUCACCAAGGAGCCCCAAAUAACCUGGCACACACGGCGUGGAGAGGUAGAGGUACUGAGGACAAGAAUGACGGAACGGGACCCCCGAACCAGAAUGGGGUCCGGCAGCAAGAAGAAAACGAGACAGACUAGCACCGAGAAGGAGAGGAGAGCUCGCGCCUGAGUUUCGACACUUCCGCCCCACCUUCUCCAGAGUGACUUUAAAGAAAACUGGAUAUGAUGGAGGAAAAAUCAACUUCCCAGGAGGAGUUUUGCUGAAGCUUUGGCUGGUGGUGCCUGGCCAAGACUCAAGACGCGAGAAGCUCUUCCUUCACCAGACACUUCCCUUCAUGGUUGGAAACCAUGGAGAGAAAGGCAAGAAUGGCAAAGCUCUCCACGAAACACUAGCCAAAGGCAGGGCUGUGCCGUCCAAGGAACCUCCCUCCUGUUCCCCUUCCGGCAGAUAAAGGGCAAGUCCCCCCAGCUCUGCGCGGCCCUUCCAAAUGGCAGGCCAUCGCUGGGCCGUGACAUCAGCACUGUGCACAUGCAUGGCGGCCAUGUCUCUCCUGUACGUGGGCAAGGUGCAGGCCGACUGCUGGCUGAUCGAGGGCGAGAAGGGCUUUGUGUGGCUGGCCAUCUGUAGCCAGAACCAACCCCCGUACGAGUCCAUCCCCCAGCAAAUCAACAGCACCAUCUUGGACUUGCGGCUGAAUGACAACAAGAUCAAAAGCGUGCAGUUCUCCUCCCUCAGCCGCUUCAGUAACCUCACAUACCUCAACCUGACCAAGAACGAGAUCUCGUACAUCGAGGACGGUGCCUUUUCGGGACAGUACAACCUGCAGGUGCUGCAGCUGGGCUACAACCGCUUGAGGAACCUGACGGAGGGGAUCCUGCGGGGACUGGGGAAGCUGGAGUACCUCUACCUCCAGGCCAACCUGAUUGAGACUGUCACCCCCAAUGCCUUCGGAGAGUGCCCCAACAUCGUGAACAUUGACCUGUCCAUGAAUAGGAUCCAGCGCCUGGACAGCAACACCUUCAGGGGCUUGACCAAGCUCUCGGUCUGUGAACUCUACAGCAACCCUUUCUAUUGCUCCUGCGAGCUCCUGGGCUUCCUUCAGUGGCUUGAGGGCUUCACCAACAUGACCCGUACCUAUGACCGCAUGCAGUGUGACUCCCCGCCGGACUACUCCGGCUACUACCUUUUAGGCCAAGGGCGGAGCGGAUAUCGCAACGCCCUGGGCAUGCUCUCCUCUCUCUGCACCGGUGGCCCCUACACCAUGCCGCCUUUUGUUAUCCUACCCAAGAACCCCGUGACCACUGCUCUUCCGGAGAGCCCAUGCCCUGAGGAAGAGUGCUUCUCUGGCGACGGCACCACACCACAAAUCUCACUCCACACACCUGUGAUCGACCCGGGUUUGUAUCCGACCAUGAAAGUCAAGCAUGUGACUCACAACUCAGCUGUGCUGAGCGUGCAGAUCCCAGCUCCUUACAGCAAGAUGUACACACUGGCCCAGUUCGAGAACGGUCGCUACAACAUCCUUGCCAAGCUUUUGAAGAAGAAAGAGGAAAUUGAGCUGACCGACCUGGGCCCCAACGAAGACUACACCUACUGCGUGACCUCCUCCAACCGAAUCGGGCGGUAUAACUACACUUGCCUCACCCUCAACCUCAACAAGCAAAACAGGGAAGAGCCAAUACCCAGCCCGUCCACUGCCACUCACUACAUCAUGACCAUACUGGGCUGCAUGUUCGGCAUGGUGAUCGUCUUGGGUGUGGUGUACUAUUGCCUCCGGAAGAAGCGCCACCAGGAAGAGAAGCACAAGCAAGCUGCCAUCAACAUGAAGAAAACCAUCAUUGAGCUGAAAUACGGGCCAGAGAUGGAGACCACCAGCAUCUCUCAGCUGUCCCAAGGCCAGAUGUUGGGUGGGGAGACCAUGACCCGCAUCCCUUACCUCCCAUCUGUGGGGGAGGUUGAGCAGUACAAGCUGAUCGACAGCAGCGAGACCCCCAAAGCUACCAAGGGCAACUACAUGGAAGUACGAACUGGCGAGCAGCCCGAACGGAGGGACUGCGAGCUCCCCAUGCCGCCGGACAGCCAAAGCUCUGUGGCAGAAAUCUCCACCAUCACGAAAGAGGUGGACAAGGUGAACCAGAUCAUCAACAACUGCAUCGAUGCCUUGAAGUCAGAAUCCACGUCUUUCCAGGGGGUGAAGUCGGGGGCGGUGUCUACUGCCGAACCCCAGCUGGUGCUCUUAUCCGAACAGAUCCCCAGCAAACACAGCUUCCUCACUCCUGUCUAUAAGGAGAGCUACAACCACCCGCUCCAGCGGCACCACAGCAUGGAGGGCCCCCCAAAACGUUCCAGCACUUCUUCCAGCGGCUCCGUCCGCAGCCCCAGAUCCUUCCGCUCCGAGGGCUCCGGCCACAAAUCAGAAGCCAAAUAUAUCGAGAAGACAUCUCCGACCGCUGAUACCAUCCUCACUGUGACGCCGGCGGCUGCUAUCUUACGGGCCGAGGCCGAGAAGAUCCGGCAGUACAGCGAGCACCGGCACUCGUACCCAGGGUCUCACCAGGCGGAGCAGCACGAGAGCGGCAUGGGUGGGCGCAAGCCUUCCAUUUUGGAACCCUUGACCCGCCCCCGCCCAAGAGACUUGGCCUACUCUCAGCUUUCUCCCCAGUACCACAACCUGAGCUACAGCUCCAGCCCCGAGUACACCUGCAAACCCUCCCACAGCAUCUGGGAGCGCUUUAAACUGAACCGCAAGCGGCACAAAGACGAGGAGGAGUACAUGGCCGCCGGCCACGCCCUGCGCAAAAAGGUCCAGUUUGCCAAAGACGAGGAUCUCCACGACAUCUUAGACUACUGGAAAGGGGUUUCCGCCCAGCACAAGUCCUGAGUCCUCGGCCUAUUCGUGACUUAACCUUGGACCAAACGAAAGACACCAGAAUAAUAAUAAUAAUUGGAAGAAAAAAAUCAGCAGCAGCAGCUAUUUCUUUUUAACCCAGACUUCUCUUCGAAAAGGAAAACGAAGAAAUAACUUAUGAGAAUCUACAGCUAUUCUAUAUAAUGUAUCAGAGAGAUGGGGGAGGGAAUAUGAGGAAAGAAAGAACGAAGGAAGCAAAGGGUAUGAAAAGGUAUGGAAAGGCUGGUCUUACCGUUGUGGAAUCUGCACCAAAUUGGAAGAGCAGGGGAGCCCUUUCCCCCAAAUACUUAAAUGUGGGGAAGGGGGAGAGUUUAUGUUUCUUUUUCUAAAAAAAAACACAGAAAAUUGAAUAAAAAAGGAAGGAAGAAAAGAAAGGAAGGAAGGAAGGAAAGAAUGGGAGAGAAACCAAAAGUGUGGGAGAGCCAGGCAGAAAACCAAAGGAGUACGGAGUAAACCACCAACACAUCGCAUGGCUCCUUCUUCUGUGUUCUUGUGGACUCUAUGUACAGUUUUGUCUUCUUCUUCUUCCUUUCAGUAACCAAAAAAAGGAAAACUAAACAAAAAAACCAAGAGGUAAACCAGGAAAAAAAAAGAGCAGAAGGAUUUUAAAAAUAAUAAUAAAAAAUAUAUCCUUUGGGCCUUUUGCAAAUGGAGUCUUCCAGUUUAGACUAUUAAUUGCCUGAAGCCCCAUUUGUGCAAUUUUGAUGAGGGUUUGUUCUCUUUUUUUUUUUUGGUUUUGUUUCUUUGGCGGAAGGAUCCGCCGCAAUCUCGCAUUGUAAAGCGGAUGCCGUUCUAAUUGUACAGAGAGAAGAGAAAUUCUAUAUUUGCAAAACGUUUGCUGUAUAAUGAGAGAGAGAGAAAGAGAAAGGAAAAAAAAUAUUACAUCUACUAAAAGAAAUAUAUCUAUAUAUUCA